AUGAGCUACCAAUUUGAGAGUCCUCAAUUGGAGACUGUCCGAACAAGGCAAAUAGCUGCCUUGCGCAAUAUUAUCAACCUGAAUCAACCGGUUACAAAUACUAUGAUAACGGAGCCCGUCUGGAAGAUUCUGGUUAUCGACAAAGUUGGACAGGAUAUUAUCUCUCCGCUGCUAUCAAUAAAAGUACUGCGAGAUCUUGGAGUCACCUUACAUUUAUUGAUUGGCUCAAAGCGAGAACCUCUCACCGAUGUGCCCGCCGUCUACUUCGUCUCCCCCACCGAUGAAAACAUCGAUUUGUUAUGCGAAGAUCUCAAAAAGGCUAUGUAUGAUAGCUUCUACAUCAAUUUUAUUUCUCCACUUUCACGUGCUCGCCUAGAAAAUCUAGCUUUUGCCGCUGUUCAAGGCGGAGCAGAUGGACAAGUGCAAAAAGUGGUGGAUCAGUAUUUGACCUUUAUCUCGCUUGAAGAUGACCUUUUUGUAUUGAGGCGCUACAGCGAGAAUAGUCCGAUGUCAUAUUUUGCUAUCAAUGAUCCUUCAACAUCGGAUGAUCAGAUGUCAGCCUUCAUUGACUCUGUUGCUGAUGGCUUGUUUGCAGUGUGUGCUACAAUGGGAAUAGUACCUAUCAUAAGGUGUCCGAAAGAUAAUGCUGCAGAACUUGUGGCCAAGCGCCUCGAUCAGAAACUUCGCGAUAACCUUAGAGAUGCUCGUAAUAAUCUUUUCACUGUUGAAAGUGUUCGAGCCGGACAGUUGAACGCUAGCCGACCUUUUCUUCUUAUUGCGGACAGGUCAGCAGAUCUCGCAACAAUGUUACAUCAUACUUGGACCUAUCAGGCGCUGAUACACGACGUUUUGGAGUUAGACCAGAAUCGAGUAGUCAUCACAGAAAAAACUGGCAGGAAGAAGGAAUAUGAUCUGUUCAGUGGCGGGACGGAUAAGUUGUGGACAAAACAUAAAGGAAGUGCCUUCCCACUUGUCGCCGAAGCAAUUCAAGAGGACCUGGAAAUCUACCGUAGUAGCGAAGACGAAAUUAAACGUCUGAAACAUGCCAUGGGAAUGGAAGGGAAUGAUGCUGAUGAAGCAAUGACGUCUCUUCUAUCGGAUACAACGGCGAAGCUAGGAUCAACGGUUACGUCACUUACUCAGCUUCUUGAAUCCAAAAGAUUGAUUGAUUUACAUACGAACGUAGCUACCACUCUCCUGGAUUACAUCAAGCUGCGGAAAUUGGAUGUACUAUUUGAGCUUGAGCAAAAGAUUUUACAACGUUCUCCACUUGAAAUGCCACUUCUCCGGCUCCUAGCCGAUAUUAGUAACCCAGAGGAUGUGUUGAGGGUGAUAUUAAUUAACUAUUUAUGUCAGGAAAACAUGAACAAGAAUGUGUUUUUAAGGCCUAUAAUAUUUACUUCAAGAUCUGUUUCGCAACUAGGGAAGUCGGCUCCAGAAGAACAUCAGGGAGCUGGCACGAAGACGAUCAAUAUGUUCAAUAAGCUGCUUAGCCACAGUUCUCGAUUCGUAAUGGAAGGGGUGAAAAAUCUUGUACCGAAAAAGCACAACUUGCCUCUAACAAGAAUGGUUGACUCUCUCGUCACUUCGCCGUCAUCGUCAUCAGUUGGCAUCAAUCAAAUGAUGGGAGCGUCCCAACCAAGCGAAAACAGUGAAUUAUGCUACCUCGAUCCUAAGGUUAUGCAUACAAUAUCUCGAGACACAUCAAAUGCUGUCCGUUCUCGACAACCACCACCACAAGACGUUAUGCUGUUCGUCAUAGGUGGAGGAAAUUAUGUCGAAUAUCAAAAUUUAGUUGAUUAUGGUAAAUCAAAAGGUCUACAGCGCGUAACGUAUGGAUGUACGGAGUUGGUCAAUCCUAGACAAUUUACCGAUCAGGUGGGUAUUAUUUUUCCCUUCAAAUUUUUCUUUCUUAUUCCGAUCUAUAUAUAG